AUGCAUCUGUCUAUAGAGAGGAAUCGUUAUCUCUCAGUGAGGCUUUUCCCAGAACUUUCUCAGAGUUUCCAAAGAGCAACCUCUGUUGCUAAAUUUGUUCUUCGCGUCUCCAACGUUGGCCCCAAUUGCAGAUUCUACAUCUCUCCCGUGUAUGAUAAACUGAUUCGUACAAUAGACGAUUGUGUGUGGCAUGUGGAUUCCAGCUUCCACGGCCGAUUCACCAUUGAUUUUGAGUUUCUGGAACUCAAAAUCUCCCCUUUGAAUGGUGGUGAAGCGUCUCCUGUUUGGCCAAACGAUACAACAAUGCAAUCAAUCUCAACACAAACGACUCUCAAAUGCUUAUCCCGGAUGCUAGAAGAAAGCAUCCUAUCGGACGUCACAAUCCCAAAUCCACACAGCCGACGGUACGCUCUCCGCUCACAACGCCAUCCUCUCGGCUAG